GCAGGUAAAGUUGUAAUGAAAACAGUAAUGAAUGCUUUGCUGACAUGCACAGGCAACCUAAGUAUGCAGCCGAAUUAGCUAUCUAAGCAGAUGCUUUAUAUCCCGAAUUGCAUAUAAGGAAUGCUGUUCAGUUGGUUUAAAAAUAAUAUAUACACCCACAAACUUUUUCUUUUGUAAAAGCUGUAUGGUUGGUUUUUUGUAUGCUUGUUUGGGUUUUUUUUUUUUUUUUAAACAACAGUUUCAAUUGUGCUGUGGGCAAUUAUGACAGUAAAAUUAAACUCAGAAGAAAGAUAGAAGAAGCUAACCAAGUUCAAGGAGUUCAGGGAAAAUUCAGAAAUAAUGUAUUAUUUAAGCUGCUGUAAUACUGCAAUAUGGGCAAUAUUGGAAAUAGGGAUGCUCUUAUGCUUAAAGAGUUUUUAAGUGGUUUUCUUUGGUAAAGGCAGUAGAGCUCUGGUCUGCAGGAGUGGGUAGUUGAACUCUGUCCUUUUGCAGAGGGGGGGUCUUUGUCCUCCUUCUGCUCUGGCAGCCUUGCAGAAGGCCCAAGUUGUUUUUUUGUUUUUUUUUUUUUACCAGUAUUCUUAUUCAUCUGCUGCUUAAACACAACAUAUCUCACCAGUGUGCCAGUGGAAAACACAAGAGUGUUUUCGUUUGUGCAGUCUGUGGUGUGAACAGUUUCUAGAAGGUCAACAAACCCUACAAAACACACUGGAAUGACGAAGCCAAUUUCCCAGAGAGCCACUGAGCAGGCACACUGGAGUGGGAAGAUGAAAAGAAUAGUAUAAGAAAACAGUGGAAAAAGCAGAGAAGUGGUGUGUACCUCCAGGUGUGAGCAUUGCUCUCUGGACCUUGGAAGUCUAAUGAGACUUUCCUGAGGAGCAGAAGGGCUGAAGGGACCCAUCAGCCAUGGCACACUCUGGGAGGGUGCCCUUCUCCAAGAGUGAAUUCUGUGCAGGACAGCCUGGGGACCAAGCAUCCUACCCAAUGUGCCACCCUGGCUCUGCUGGAGAGAUCCCUCUAGGAUUUGAUCGAAUCGUUGAUGAAGUCAGCAACGAGUUUUUCUUUUAUGGUUCAUCCCAUGCACAUCAUCACGAAGACAUGUUUUUCCCAGCAGACCUUUUCAGUCAAAAUGUGCCUGACCAGCAUCUUUACAGUCAUCCUCUGGUUGUCCAUGGAGAGCUUUAUCCUAGGAGUCCAAUCCCUCCCUGGCAGCAAGGCACAGUGGCACCAAUGGUUGGCUUCAAACCUUCCUUACUACCUGACUGCAGAAACUUCUCUGUGGUGGAUUCCCACCCCUACAGUCACGAGAGGGAAGUCCAUGGAAGGAAAAGUGUAAAUUCAGCUUCAAAUGUGGAAAGGGGCAACACAAAUCUGGAGUUUCAGAUAGGCUUUGACAAUCUGGAUGCUGCAAGUCCUGUUUUCUUAGACAGUUAUCCAUUUGGACAAAAAGUGAGAGAAGAAAGUGGAAAUGGGGAAGCUUCUGUAACCAACACUUCCAGAAGAUGCAGCACAGGGCCUACCCACCCCCAGGGCUCUGGACAUAACAGAGAGGCUGCAGGUUGGGCCAUCCAGCUGAUUGAAGCAGAUCAAGGAAGUAAUGAAAACACAGUUGGUUUCUGCAAUGCAGUGGAGAAAAUCAGAAAUGCCUAUCCUGCUUUUGAUUUGAAGACAAAUACUGGGAAAAUCUGGAGUAUCACAACAAGGUUCCCAGAGCAUAUCCUGGGUGCAACAAAAUUCAGACUCAGCAUUUGGACAGAUUUUUCACCACAUCCUCUACUUCUUACACAACAUGCUGGCUGUAUCAUUCACGACUUAAUUGUGGAGAUCCUCCGUUGCACAAAUCAAUACCCAGCCCGGGAGGAGGAAUGCCUUCUGAGUGUUGCUGGGUCUGAUGAAUUCUUACAGAACAACUGUACUUUGGGAAGCCAUGAAAGCCUCCGCAAGGCGAGCACCUGCAUCCAGCUUCGCCUGCACCACGCUGGUAAUUUGGAGCACAGUUUGGCUAGAACAUGUGGGGAUGACCAAAGAAGGUUCUGUGUGAAUGAGCUGUUAGAAGACACUCAUGCCUGGAGACUGAUUUGGCAGAACCUUGUCUCUGUUAUUAUGAACUACAGAGGUCAAGUGGAAUAUCUGCUGCAAAAUGAGAAUAAUGUUGAUAACGUGAUUGAGGCAGCUAAAGCCAUCUGCAGUGUCCUGUGCUUUGUGGAAACCAGAGACAUCACUGAUGCAGUCAGCAAACUCCAUGCUUUGGGGAGAGCACAGAAUUCUCUUCAAAGUGUGGAAACACCAGGCAAAGUGUUAAUAGAAGCUGCUGUGACUGAGCUCUCCAUGGCCAUCUCUCGUCUCAUCCGCAUCUACAGCAGCAGCUUUGAUGUAAAUUUCCAACUUGCCAGCGUUCCUAGGAGCCCUUUAUGUGCAGACAUCAGCCUAAAUUCCCAGCUGAGCUUCACUGUUUGUGCUGCCCAUAACAUCCCAGAAGCCUGGGUGACCAGCUACAAAGUUUUCUCUUUUUCCUGUUUACUAACUUAUGCUGGGAAGAUAAUAUGUCAAGUGAAGAUUUGCAAAAAUACUCCAGUUAAAAAAUCCUUCUUUUUCCUGGCUGACUGGAAUGAGAAGGUCAACUUCCCUCUACGAAUAAAGGCUCUUCCGAGGGAAACUAUGCUGACAAUAAAACUACUGGGAUUAAACAGUGCCUCUAAAAAUACAGAAGUGCUUGCUUGGACAUGCUCCCCAUUGUAUGCAAAAGAGAGGCUGAUCCGUGGAACCGUGCUGCUCAGCCUGGCACCGUGCAGCACACUCCCCACAGCAGUGAUCACCCCGGGCAUCUGCAGCACUGAGGCACCAACCUCAGCCACCCUGCAGAUCGACUUCCCAGAAACCGAUUUGGAGUUCAUUAAACCUGAACCUGAAGAAAGAAGAGGUGAUUUUGUAGAGCCAACCCAAGAGUGCCUGAAGAACAUUGCAAGACUUUCACAGAAACACUCUCUCUUGCUACUCUCAGAGCAACAGAGAAGAAUCCUGUGGUUUUAUCGCUACUCCUGCAAUAACCAGAACUGCUCCCUUCCUCUGGUGCUGGGCAGUGCACCCAGCUGGGACAGAACCACGGUGUCAGAAAUGUAUGCCCUGCUGAGGGGAUGGAGGUUUUCUGACCCUCUGGAGGCACUUGGGCUGCUGACUUUCAGUUUUCCAGAUCAAGAUAUUCGCAGGGCAGCAGUCCAACAAAUGGAAAAUGUGUCAAAUGAUGAAUUGCUAGAAUACCUCCCACAGCUGGUUCAGGUGCUCAAGUUUGAGUGGACUCUUGAAAGCCCUCUGGUGAAACUCCUGCUGAAUCGUUCUCUUCAGAGCAUCCAAGUAGCCCAUCAGCUUUACUGGCUGCUGAAGAAUGCUCAGAAUGAAGUUCAUUUCAGAAUGUGGUAUAAGAAACUCCUGGCUGCUCUCCAAUUCUGUGCUGGACAGACCCUGAACAAUGAGUUUUCUAAGGAAGAAAAACUCAUCAGAAUUCUGGAAGACAUUGCCACAAAAGUGAAAGCUGCCAGUGACCCAAAAAGAAAGGAGGUGUUGAAGGUGGAGCUCAGCAGACUCCAGCAGUUCUUCCAGGAGGUGAAGCUCUGCCGGCUCCCCCUGAACCCUGCACUCGUUGUGCAAGGCAUAGAGGCAGAUUCAUGUUCUUAUUUCACAUCCAAUGCCUUUCCAUUAAAAAUCUCCUUCAUCAAUGCGAAUGCUCCAAGUGGAAACAUCAAUGUUAUUUUUAAGAUAGGUGAUGAUCUACGUCAAGAUAUGUUGGUUCUGCAAAUUAUUCGCCUGAUGGACAGCAUUUGGCUCCAAGAGGGACUGGAUAUGCAAAUGAUCGUUUACAGGUGUUUAUCUACAGGGAAAGGACAAGGGCUGGUACAGAUGGUGCCAGAUGCUACCACACUAGCGAAGAUCCACAGGGAGUCUGGGCUGAUAGGACCACUGAAAGAAAACACAAUUAAAAAAUGGUUUCACCAUCACCAUCCUCUGGAAUCAAGUUACCAAGAGGCCAUAAGGAAUUUCUUUUAUUCCUGUGCUGGCUGGUGUGUUGUUACCUUCAUCCUGGGAGUCUGUGAUCGACACAGUGACAACAUAAUGCUGACAAAAGCUGGACACAUGUUCCACAUAGAUUUUGGAAGAUUUUUGGGUCAUGCACAGAUGUUUGGAAACAUAAGAAGGGACCGAGCUCCCUUCAUCUUCACAUCAGAGAUGGAGUAUUUCAUAACAGAGGGGGGAAAAAACCCACAGCGUUUUCAGGAGUUUGUGGAGCUUUGUUGUCGAGCUUAUAAUAUAGUCAGAAAACACAGCCAGCUACUCCUGAACCUGCUAGAGAUGAUGCUGCAUGCAGGAUUGCCUGAGCUGAACAGCAUCCAGGAUCUUAAAUAUGUGUAUGAUAACCUCCGUCCUCAGGACUCAGAUCUCCAAGCUACAAGCUACUUUACAAGGAAAAUAAAGGAAAGUUUGGAGUGCUUUCCUGUUAAACUCAAUAACUUGAUCCACACGCUUGUGCAGAUGUCAGUGGGGAGCUCUGCCAAGCCUCCAGCUCCAGAGACUGUCCCCCAGGAAUGGAUGGUGCUGGACACAGAGAGGUCGAUCGCCAGGGCCACCAUUCUGGGAUUCAGCAGAAAGCCUGACUCUGUAUACCUCAUCCAGGUGGUGCAAACCUGCAAUGUGGUCACCUUCGUGGAAAAAUCCUUCCAUCAGUUUUCCAAACUUCACAGUCAUCUCCAGAAGCAAUUCCCAUCUCAUGCCCUCCCAGAGUUUCCCCACUCAUGGCAUUUACCUUUUACGGAUCUUGAACAUAAGAGAGUGAAGGAUUUGAACCUCUAUCUGAAGCAGCUAUUAAGUGGCUCCAGGAAACUGGCUAAUAAUGAGCUUGUACUCAGCUUCUUCCUCAACUGGUCCAAAAAUACCUUGGCAGAACAUUCAUCAUCUCUGACCUUAGGUCCUCAGUCAGCUGGUCACAAGCCUGGAGUACAACUGGUCAUAUCCUACGAGAACACCCGCCUGACAAUAAUGCUGAAACACAUGAGGAACCUCCACCUCCCAGAUGGCUCUGCCCCAAGUGCACAUGCUGAAUUUUAUCUUCUGCCAGACCCUUGCGAGGUCAGUCGAAGGAAAACAAGAACAGCUCCAAAAGGUUCUGACCCUACUUACAAUGAACUUAUUGUCUAUGACAGAGUCUCAGAGCUCCAAGGCCGUGUACUGAAGCUUGUUGUGAAAAGCAAAGGAACAUUUGUGGGAGCUGUUAACAUUCAACUGAGCAGUGUCCAGUUAAAUGAAGAAAAGUGGUACCCACUGGGAAACAGUGUAAUUUAAAUGUUCUCCAAGAUGAUUCAAUUAUUUGCACUAAUGUUUCUCUAUCCCUUUUCCCACAGUACGUUUUGUCUCAGUUGCCCUUGAGAAUAGGCAGUCAUCUGCUGAGCACAUAUCCUGACAUUUCUAACCAUAAGGUUAUUGUCUUAAAAGUGCUACCAUCUUCCUGCCACAGAUUCCUGACAGUGUGAGGUUAAAGAAUCACAUGCUAAGGACUUGUGGCAACACACAGAAAAUUCUUAUGACAGCAAUGAAGGGUUUAAUUUUGUUAAUAUUAAAUAGUGCUGUAAAAAUACUGAAUUCUGUACACAUCAGUGUGUGGGGACUCAUUCUUCGCCCAUUAAUUUCACUGACUGUGUUGGAACAAUGCUGAUAUUGGUGUGAUUUAUCAUCACUGUAUUAUGUUGAGGUCCCCAGAAAACCAUGGAAUGGUUCCCUGCCAAUAUAUUUCAGAUGUCCAGCAAAUUUCACAUUAAAUCUUACCCAAUCAAUACUUUGUUUUUUUAAGAACUUUAAAAGUUUUGAUGCAAUCUAACAUUUAAUCCAGGAUAUCCAUUUGUCAAUGAUCUAUGUCAUUGUUUCUUUUAUUCUGACAUCCAAGAGGCAGAUAUAACUGAUCAUUGGUGUGAAGAAAGAAAGGAAAAGGUAAUGUUCAUGAAUAAAGAGAAUAUAUUGAAUGUGUGCUUUCAGUGGGGGAUUUAUUUAAGAUCAUGAUACCACAGAUAUUUGUUCAGCAGUCUUCCCACAUGCUGCAUAAGGGGUUCAAGUCAAUACAUGCUUUGAACAGACCUCAGAGCUAUAAAAUAUAUGUUUAUAAAGUAAAUAAUGAACAUUAGUGGUUCCUCUAACUUCACAGAUGCUAAUUAUGGGCUCUGUUUUCCUCUAAUUUGAGGAAGCACUUAAGCACAGCUUUAAGAAUUUGGCAUGUGAGCAGCCACAGUGAACUGUCCAUUAUUGCCAGACCCACUGACCAUGUAAAUAAACCUUUCCAGGGCCAGGGGCACAUUUUUAAGGCACAGGAGAUGUGUUGAUUUGUGAUCUGAUCUGCUGUAAAUUUUAAGUUGCCAUAUACUGGACAGACCUGACAUUUGUCCUACCAGGUGGAAAAGUGGUCAACAGAGGUGUAAUAAUCCCAGAAGUGAAGGUAAUUGCCUUCUUCUCCCAAAGGACACUCACAUCUGUCUUCAGAAUAUAAAGCUCUAUAAAGCUUCUGAAGUGGGACUUGGAGUGUUAGUAAGGAAAUUAAAUAAGCUGGAAUUUUUCUCAGCAUCAAACCAAUGGACUUGUUCAGGUUUUAUCUGAAACUUCUUUCCCCAGUCAAACUGGUGUACAAAGAUCCUCCUCAGUAAGGGGAGGUGAGGAAAACUCUGAAUAUUAAUAUUAUUAGUCUAUUCAGAGCUGUAAGAAACUGUAACAUAUUUACCACAUGCAAGGGACAAUGACUGGCACACAGAAUAUCAUCACUACAAAGAUUAGGACACCAAAAUUUUAUGCUAUAGGCUCUCCUGAGAAACAAAUAAAGUGCCUUGUCAUUCAAGCACAGAAAACACACUGAGACCAGCUUACAAAGUUAUCAAAUUACCUGACCUUACAGUUCAAUAUUGAUUUUAGAUUAUUCUCAGUCUGCUGUCUAAGUUUCCUUAUUAAAACUAUAAUGCAAUUUUCUAACUGUUAUUUCCUGUGACAUUUUCUAACUGUUGUUUACCACAUGCCCUGAUUUUCCAUCUUAGAGCAACAUUAAAUAAAACAGCAUUAGAAUAGCAAUAAAUAAAAAGAGCAUUACAAUGUAUUAUCAGAACUGUCUGCAAGCUUAAGCAACAGUGUUUGAUAUUAAAGAAACUUGUCAAUAUAACAUCCUUUUUAUUAAAAAAAAAAAAUAUUUGGGUAACAAAUCUGCCAUUAGUUGUGUAACUGUAGUCCUGUGGAAGGCCAAUACUUCAGUUCUGAAAGGAAAAUGGGAAAAUUGUGUCUUAUGGGCAUGUUCUACACUGAUAGAUCUGGUAGGCAAGAAGUUGUCCUCAUAGAUCUUCACACACAUAAUCAGCCCUGGCUUUUUCUAAAAUUCUCUAGUUUUCCUCAGAAUACUCUGUUUCCUGCUUCCUGAGUUCCCUGCUCCUAUGAGGAACAUGGUUCUUUACAAAUCAGCCCAUGAAUUUAUCUUGCUUUAGCAGUAGGAGGUUCAAGCUAUGGAAAGGUACCAAUAUAGCAUAUUAUUUUUUAUGAUUUUAAGAAAUACUGGUGUUUUUUUUUUCUUUCCUCAAAAGUUUGUUUUUUUUUUUUUCAGGUAAGAGAAUGACAGUGGGCACUAAAGUGGAAUAGCCCAAUCAGAACUCACUUUUUACAAAUGUAAAGGUUACAUUGUGUGGGCAAUUUUUCCUGUUUGCUUGAAAAGGUACAAUGGUAAUAAAUUUUAUUCAAUACAAAUAAAAAUGUCAAUUUCACAUCCUCA